UGUCUUAGAAUUCUUCCUUGAUUAGUAAUUUGCAUUCUAUAAAAAGAUGUGUGUUAUGAUGUUUAUAUUCACUACAAACUUGUAGAAAAUAUUAUGGAUAAAAAAAUAGCAAGUAUGGUUGAGGAAAAAGAGAGGCCUUUGCAUAUAGCAAUGUACUCUUGGUUUGCUUUUGGCCACCUUACAUCAUUCCUUCAAUUAGCCAAUAAACUAGCCGAACGAGGUCACAAAGUCUCUUUCUUCCUCCCCAACAAAACACAACCCAAACUAACACCUCACAAUCACCACCCUCACCUUAUCACCUUCAUUCCUAUCACCAUUCCCGCGGUCAAAGGCUUACCUUGUGAGGCCGAGACAACGGCUGAUGUUCCUUACGAGGAUCGUUCUUUGAUCAUGGAAGCCAUGGACUUGACAAGGGAUACCAUUGACUCGUUGCUCUCUGAGCUAAAACCUGACUUAGUCUUCUUUGACUUUACCGAGUGGCUACCUGGGUUGGCCCGUAAACAUGGGGCCAAGUCUGUGUACUAUGCCACAAUGUUCGCGGUUAGUGGGGCUUAUUUCUUGCCCCGAGCAAGGGCUCAACCUGGCGGCCAAGACUUGUCUAGGCCGCCACCUGGGUUUCCGUCCUCCAAGUCCAUGAUCACGUUGCAAGCCCAUGAGGCUCGCGCUGUGGGGUACAUGGUAACCCACAUGGAAUUUGGAGGAAAAGGAAAGACAAUGCUACAAAGGCAUGCCGUUGCUCUUGAAGCAUGUGAUGCCUUUGCAGUCAAGAGUUGUAGGGAAAUGGAGGGGGUUUAUUGUGAUUUUAUACACAAGGUGUAUGGAAAGCCCAUGCUAUUGGCUGGGCCAGUGGUGCCGGAACAACCCGCGGCCGUGUUAGAUGACCAUUUGGAUGGGUGGCUGAGUGGUUUUGAUAAGGGUAGUGUGAUCUAUUGUGCACUUGGGAGUGAAUGCUCUCUAAGUAAGGACCGAUUUCAAGAGUUGCUUCUUGGUUUUGAACUUACUGGAAUGCCAUUUUAUGCUGCCCUGAAACCACCAAUUGGUUACGAAACAAUCGAAUCAGCUUUACCAGAAGGGUUCAUAGAGAGAACAAAGGGAAGAGGAGUUGUUCAUGGAGGCUGGGUGCAACAACAACUAAUCCUACAACAUUCUUCAGUAGGAUGUUUUUUGACACAUUGCGGUGCUGGAUCUUUAUCGGAGGCUAUGGUGAGUGAUUGUCAAAUAGUACUAUGCCCACAGGUUACCGAUCAAUUUAUCAACGCGAGGAUGAUGAGUUUGGACUUGAAAAUUGGGGUCGAAGUUGAGAAAGGAGAAGAUGGUGUUCUCACCAAAGAGGGUAUUUGUAAGGCAAUUAAGGCAGUAAUGGACCUGAAAAGUGAGGUGGGAAGGGAAGCACGGAUCAAUCAAGCAAAAUGGAGAGAAUUCUUGUUGGCUAAAGAGCUUGAAGAGUUUUACAUUAGUGGUUUUGUUGAAAAUCUACUAGAUCUAGUUACAUGAAUUAAUAAUAUGCAGAACUACCUUAUAUACAAUGUAACAAAAGUUUAUGAAUAACGAAUUUGUUUUUACUUUUAAAUAACUACCUUCUGAUAUGAACAUUUUGUAAGUUGUUCA